UAUUACUACCCGAGCCCGAGCCCAAGCACUAAACUGUCAUACCUCAGUUGAUUGCGAUAAUUCUCAAUUUUUCCGCACAUGUUCCAUUGUUCGACGCUAUAAAUAAGCUCAUUCAACUACUGGUGAUUCACUUUAAUAACAGAGUAAUGUUUUAUUAUUAUAUUCGCGUGCUUGCCGUAUAAAUUAUAGGAUCGAAGUUGCGAUUGGCAAAAAUGAGAGUGUACUCGUAGGUCUGUCUAGGUAUAGGCGAACUUGCGUUACUUGUUGAUGUUGACUCGAUAAAGGGGUAUAUCAACUUUCAAGUGGAUCAUCAUCAAUAUUACCGGUUUGUUUUUCCAUUUAAUCAUUUAAAAUGUGCUCUAAGAUUUGUACAAACGUGUUAUCGAGGCGUUUGGCGCCGUUUUUAUUCGCAGUUGUGUUGUUUUUUUUCUCGAGAAAUUUACUUAAGGAUAAUUUAGUGUUGUACGCUUUGCUGAAAUGUUCGCCGAUUUUAUCUCUUUAUUGGUUCGCGCAAACAGUCCAAUUUCAGGUGUUUGACAAAACAAAAAUUGUGUCUCUGAAAUACUUGAAUAUUGGGUUAAUUUUCUCUUGCAUUGGAGAUAUUUUACUGGUAUGGCCGGCUACGUUUCUAUAUGGAAUUGGAGCUUUUGCAUUGGCUCAUGUCAUGUACAUUGGUUAUUUUGAAAUGAAUCCCCGGAAUAACGCUCUAGGAGCUGUUUUAGUUGUGAUGAAUUUGAUUGUGUUCUUGGUUGUAUCUUCAACAAUUAGUGGGAUAUUAUUGAUGGCCGUUCUCAUCUAUAGUCAUUUGUUGAUUGGUACAGUUUGGAGAAGUUUGGAUCAAGCUUUACAUUGUAAAGAUAAAAAAAUCUGGAGUGUUUGCGGCGCCGUUGGAAGUCUUUUAUUCUGUUUUUCUGAUUUGAUGAUCGCUGUCACCAUGUUUCUUCAUCCUAUUCCAUAUUCAGAGGUAUUGAUUAUGUCAACGUACUAUGCUGGACAAUUAGGAAUUGCCUUGAGUACUUUAAGAUACUAAAAAUAAUAUAAAAUUCACCCUUAAUUUCAAACUUUGCCAUCUUGAGUAGUUACGUUCGAAUUUGAAAUUGUAACGUAUCAAGAUCUUUAACGAAGCAUUAUCAUUUUUCAUCGUAUUCCUCUCCUUUCUUCACCAGUUGUCUGCGCAUCUUUUUUUUUAGGUAGGUAGUUCACUCUAUCAAAUGAUGUUCUACCCUAUUUUUGCACCACUAAAAGAAUAAAAAUUUUAUAUUCUUUUUAUGGGUCACCUGAAUAUUAUGGUAUAGAGCUUUACAAGGUCCUUUUAAUUUAAAAAGUUCAGUUGAUAGGAACAUUAUAGACUGAAAUGUUGAGAAUCAUUUUUUUUUUAAAUAAAAAAAAUAUUUUGGGACUGCUGAAAUAAGUACUCAAUAGAAACGUUUCAAUAGGUAAGAUACUUUCAGCCUUUGUUUUAAAUUUUAAAAUGAAAAUUGACAGACUCCAGUUUAUGCAUCUAAUAUUACGUGUAACAUUUCGAUGAAAGAUAUUGAUGAAAUUAAUUUCUUUUGACUCGCCAACAAGUUCGUUGUUUGUUAAAAUAAUUGUUUUUCUACUUUUUUUUUUUUUUUUUUUUUUUUUUAAGAAUUUUAUUUUAACAACUUGGCUGAAUGGAUCGAAAAUCAUAGUACCUACUUAAAAAUUUAUCAAUUGCGAUAUUUUUUUCUUUUUUUAAUCGUCGGUGUUUUUUUUCUCAUAAAUAUUUGAAAAUUAUUUUCAUGUGUUUUUUCACGAGAUCGGUAUAGAUUUUCAGAAAUUUUAUUCGUGCAAGAAUAGAAUACUUUCGAAAUGAAUCGAAAAGAAAAUUCGCUUUUCCAACGCGAAUUGCUGGAGUUUUAUUUUGCAUUAGUAUGUGAUACAAAUAAUGGUAAUUUUAGAAUUUGUUAUUGUAUUUUUUUUGCAUUUGUAUUCUUUUUUAUAUUUUUUGUAUGCAAUAUAAUCGUCCUAAGAAGGUCAA